CCUUCUCCAUCCACUAAAAAACAAGUGACGAUGAAGCGAGCGCGGUGAGCUCACAUUCCUUUGUGCGCUCGCUGGCCGUCGACGCUCCAUUUGGAAUCCCAGCCGAGCAGAGCUCCCCACAUUGACCGCCUCCGUACCAGCGACAGCCUUUCUUCCUUCAAUCAUCCACUGCCAACUCAAUUUUCUUGUGGAGGCCCCCAUCCCUCGAUCCAUCCAUCCCUGCCACUUUGCAUUGCAGCUCCUGGUUGUAGCUUCUCCUUUCUCCCCUCCGGCGGCUCACCGCCGCCAUGCCCAUCACCGAGCCAGCCGUUGCUCUCGCCGCACUAAGCUCUCCGCCAUAGCCAUCGGCCGCUUGCCAGAACCAUCGCCUAGUUACAAUUACAACUGACAGGACGCUAGUUUCUUAGCUUAGCUUAGCUUAGUGAAGUGAUCCGCUGCUACCGUCCCACUCGAUGUUGGCUAGUAUGAGCCAAGAACUACCGGGGAGGUCCGCGGGCGCGAUGGCGGCGGCUGAUCACGCGCUGCCAUUGGCGUCAUCGGCGCUGUCCUGGCCGGUCCCGACGCACCCCGCGGCCGCCGCCGUCUACUACCUCGGCUUUUCUUUCGCUCUGGCGCAGUGGAGAGCUGCCGGCGUGUUCGAUCUUGGUGGCGCGAGGCGGCGGGGGUGCCGGUGGUCGCGCGCCAUGGAGCUGACUCUGCGGGAGAAGGUCGCGGCGCUGGAGCGCCAGGUGGAGGAGCUCCGGCACCGGCGGGCCGAGGACGCCAGGGCUAACGAGAAGGUGGCGGGAAUCUUCGCGUCCCACGAGCAGCGGUGGUUCGCCGAGCGCAAGUCCCUGCGGCGGCAGGUGCACGCCGUCGUCGCCGCGGCGCGGGCCCGCGAGGCCAAGCGCGAGGAGGAGGCCGCGGAGCUGAGGCGGCAGCUGGAGGAGCAGCGGGACACGGUGGCGCUCAGGGACAGGGCACUGGAGCAGGAGGUCCAGAGGCGGCAGGGCGCGGAGGAGCGGCUACGGGCCGCGGAGCGGACCGCGGAGGAGCUGCGGGAGCGCGCCGGCAGGGACGCGCUGGAGCACGCGGCCGAGGUGCGCAAGCACAAGGCGGCGUUCGUGGAGCUCGCGUCCGCGCAGCGUCAGCUGGAGGCGGACCUUGCCCGCGCCGCGCGCCUCGCGGACACGGCGGAGGCCGAGCUCCGCGCCGCGCUGGAGCGCCGCGACGAGGCGGCCGCCACGGCCGCCGACCUCUCCGCCGAGGCCGCGCGCCUGCGCCGGGACGCGGACCACAAGGACAAGAUCCUCUCCGCGAUGCUGCGCAAGUCCAAGAUCGACAUGGACGACAGGGAGAUGCUGGUAAGGGAGGUCAAGAUGUGCAAGGCCAGGCGGAAGCAGGCGGAGAUGGAGGCCGACCGGUGGCGCAAGAUGUGGGAGUCCCGUGCCCACCGCCGGGGCUCCUCCAGGUCAUCGGCGCGAGGCGCAGCCGCCGACCUACCGGCUGGGAGCUCCGACAAGCUACUGGCCCCCGACGCCGUGGCGCGCGCCACCAAUGACACAACCAAGAUACUGUUCGUGGACCACGUCGAGAGCGACGGCAAGAAGGACCACCGGCAGGCGCCGGCGAAGGAGCUGACCGCCAUUGAAUGCGUCGACCGCUAUGCCAGCCAUGUCGACGACAAGCCCGCUGUGGAGGAAUACCAAGGCCUGCAGGAGUGGUUCCAGAUGGAGACGGAGAAGUACACGGCCAUGAUCAAGCACCGGCACACGGCGGAGAUCGAGGCGUUCACGGAGCAGCUCCGGCUCAAGGACGAGAAGCUGGAGGCGUUCCGGUGGCGGGCGGUGAGCAUGGACGUCGAGGCGACGCGUCUCCGGAGCCGGAUCCAGGAGCUGGAGGGCCGUCUGGCGCGGCACGAGAAGCACAGCGCCGGUCUGGAGGCCCUGCUCCUGGACAGGGACAACGAGAACAGAGCACUCGAGGAGCAGCUGGAGACGCUUCAAGCGCAGGCGCCUGGUGUGGAGAUCUGCACGCCGCCGGCCGGUGGCCAAGACGACGGCCCCGACGACGACUGCAUCCCAUGUUCGCCUGUGAAGGUCGUCUCCACAGAAGAUCACAAGGAGGAUUGGAAGGAGCUGGAUGUGCAAGCGACAGAGGCGCUUGUCGUCUCAGUCGGCGAUCUCGCGUGCGCCACCGCCGCCGCCGCCGCGGCAACGUCCAUGGAACACGAUCGCCGGCGGUCUUUCAGGUCUGAGAUCGAGGAGGAGAAGGAGGUCUACACCGAUCCGGGCAAUGCACAGACGACAGGUAGUAGCUCCCAAGAGCAAGAGGCGACGUCUGAGCUCGCGCUCGUUGUCUUGCCGCCUUGCCAGAAGAGCUCUGCUUGGAAGACAGACAUCCACGCGAUGGCGGUGUCGUACAAGAUCAAGAGGCUGAAGCAGCAGCUGCUGGUGCUGGAGAAGCUGGCCAGCGAAUGCAAGGAGGAGGCCGCGGCGACGAAGCCGUCAGGGAGUGAAGCCAGCUCCAGCAGCAGGCAGCCGCCGAGAUCGAGGUACCAGACGAUGAUCUCGUUCCUGAGCAAGCACGUCAAGAGGUACCAGUCCCUCGACGACAAGAUCGACGACCUCUGCGCAAGAAUGGAGGAGAGCAAGAGGAGCGCGGGGCGGGAACGGCACGGCGUGGGGGAGCAGAGCCAGAGCGAGAGCGAGAGCGCGGCGCUGGGGCAGUUCCUGGAGGAGACGUUCCAGCUGCAGCGGUUCAUGGUGGCCACGGGGCAGAAGCUGCUGGAGACGCAGUCCAGGAUCGCGGCGGGCCUCGAGCGCGACCGCUCCGGCGGCGGCAGCGGCGGCGAUGGAGACGGCGUGGACAUGGCGAGGCUGAUGGAGGUGGCCGGGGCGCUGCUGAGGGACGUUCAGCGAGGGCUGGAGGUGCGGAUCGCGCGGAUCAUCGGGGACCUCGAGGGCACGCUCACCUUCCAUGGCAUCCUCCGCACCACGCGCUGAUAUGAUAGUGUAUACCCGAUGCUGUCCUCUGUAUUUCUGUGAACAAAUGGCGGCAGCACGUUGAUCUUUUUCAGACACAAUAGUAAACGUUCUAACGCCAAUAUUAGUAGUAGUAUUAAUCAGAUAGACAGAUACUGUACUGCUCUUUUUUUUUUUUGGCCUUCAUGCUAAUUCUCUGAGAGAUGGCUAAACAAGCAAAUAGUGUGCACACAAAAGAGCAAAACUUCCAAUCA